AGGCCGCCCCUUCCCGAGGCAGGCCGCCCCUUCCCGAGGCAGGCCGCCCCUUCCCGAGGCAGGCCGCCCCUUCCCGAGGCAGGCCGCCCCUUCCCGAGGCAGGCCGCCCCUUCCCGGGCCCGAGGCAGGCCGCCCCUUCCCGAGGCAGGCCGCCCCUUCCCGAGGCAGGCCCUUCCCGAGGCAGGCCGCCCCUUCCCGAGGCAGAGGCCGCCCCUUCCCGAGGCAGGCCGCCCCUUCCCGAGGCAGGCCGCCCCUUCCCGAGGCAGGCCGCCCCUUCCCGAGGCAGGCCGCCCC